CGCUCGCCCGCUACCUGAAACUCCCCCGCCGCCGCCGCGCCGCCGCCGCCGCCCGAGAGCCAGCCGAGCGUGCCCACCUCGGGAUCAUGCCUGCGCCCGGCUGUCUCCGCCCCGCCUGCCUCCAGCUCGGCGGGUGAGGCAGCCUCCUCCGCUCAGGAGGGAACAGUUGCUGGAAGAAUCCUUCUAGAAUCCUGGAAAAUGGUAACUUGGAUACAGUAUUGCUGGCAAGAAACUUACAUGGAUGUUUCCCAUGAAUUCCCCAAUAGGUAAAAAGGACAUUUUAUAUCAGCAGUUCUAGCUGCAAUCUCAUGGCAACCAUCAUACCCCCAAAGCAUUUUCAAACAACGCAGCUUUCACAGUCUUCCUGAACAAAAGCAAAGUACCCACCAACCUCACCUUUGGGUGGAAGCUAUUCCAGUGGAAAGGAGCUACCACAGAGAGCCAUUGCAUCUUGGCCACUCCCUUACAAACUUCACGAAUAGGAGGGAUCUUGAACAUCAUUUCCUGGGAGAAGCAAACAGAUGCAAAUCCAUGAUAGCACUACAGUCCCAUGGCACUUGAGUUCAGUGACAGAUUUGUCCAAGGCUUUCUGAAAAUUCCAAGCAUAUAACUCUUUGAUCAUCCAUGUCUACAUGAUUGUUGACACUCUCAAAAAAGCAAAAAGGGCACUAAUUUGUCUUAGAAGGAUCUCACAUUGAAUUUUUGGAGAAUGGAAAGUGUGAGUGAACUUCAGAAUCCACUGUUGGCCAAGAGCAAUGGACAUCUUCAUGGUAGCUAUACUUAUCACCAGGAUUAUCAUGGCCAUCGUUGCCAUGGCAAAUUAUAUUCCUAUAUCUUCCAAAAUUCAGGUAAUGCAAGGACUCACCAGCUGUUGGAUGCCAGUUCUCUUCAGCUGGCUGUUGAAGCACUGUAUGGUCCAAAUUUCAUCCUGGUGAAGGAUGAAAGCAGUGUCAAAGUCAAGGACAACAAAGGUGACAAUUGUGAGACAACCUUCAUGGAAAACAAAGAGCCCUCCACCGAUGCUUCUGAUGAGCAAGAAACACAGGAACGAUCUCUAAUGGAAAAUGACAUCAAAAUCCAAACAGUAUCCUAUGAAGUAGAGGAAGAGGAAUUGCAGGAAUAUGAGAGUGACUCUUCAAGUGACAGCGAGAGUGAAGAUAAUUUUCUGAUGCUUCCUCCACGAGACCACCUAGGUUUAGCCAUUUUCUCAAUGCUCUGCUGUUUUUGGCCUCUGGGAAUUGCUGCCUUCUAUUUUUCUCAAGGGACAAGUAAGGCCAUCUCCAAGGGGGACUUUCACCAGGCAAGCUCAGCUUCUCGACGAGCACUAUUCCUCGCUGCACUUUCAAUUACCAUUGGCACAGGGGUCUAUGUUGGAGUGAUUGUAACACUGAUUGCUUACCUAUCUAAAGGUGGGCAUGUAUAAUAAAAAAUCAUUGCAUAAAAUGCCCAUCAUUCUGCCCUGAUGGAUAAGCCUCUUGGUUUAAGUGCUUUUCUAUGUCAUAGAGGACACCAUGCUUACAAGGACUGAAAAGGAGCUUUUUUCCCCUCACAUAUUCAAAUAAACUGUCUGUAUAGUUUUUUUUUUCAAAUGAAUACUGACCUACUUUACAGUAUAGACUGACACGUUAUAAAAAAAAAAAACGCUUACUGCAAAAAUGAGUGCAUGCUUGAACAGCCUGGAUUUUGAGACUGCCAAGAACAAAAGGGGGAAAUGGGAUUUUUUUAAAGUCUGCAGCAUGUUCUCAGACCAAUUUUCUUGUGAGCUAGACCUGCCAUUUGUGAAGUUCAGUUGCCUAUUGGAGCUAAGCUCCUGUCUUAUUCAGAGCACAUGGUAAAGAGAAAAAAAUGGGGGAAUGUUUAUUGAAAAACUUUCAUUGGGGGUAUGCAGUGAUAUUUGUCAAGAGGCAUCUAUUUUGUGCCAGAGAUUCUACCUACAGGAUCAAUUCAUCUGUGAGUACCUAUCACAAGAAGCCAGCUUUCCCCAAAGCUCUCUUUCAGAGUCAUUGUUAUACAGCUUGCCUCUCCACCUACAGUUCUCUUCUGUGUCAGAUUUUCCCUAUAGUCUCAUCUCAUUCAUCUUUGAAGAAUCACAUUCAGCUGUCACUUCAGUUAUAAGAUAGCACCUGUUUUAAAGAAGACAAGCAAAAAAAAAAGUAUGUUAUUAAUUAUAGUAAUUCUAACUGAACAGCCUUGGGAAAGUCCUCUGGGCCUUCUAUGUUUUAAUUAUAUUUUAGGAUGCAUAUUACAGUGUCAAAUAGAAUGAAUUAAUAUUAUUUCAUAUUUCAUUAUGACAUGAAAAGCUCAUCAAGAGGUAAUACAGCAUGAUUACUUUUUAUCACAUCUAGAAACUCUUUUCUAGGUGUCAUCAUCUGGAAUCAAAUUCAUAUACAGGUAGCCAUUGCUUAACUAUGGUAAUUGGGAUGAGAAAGUCCAUCACUAAACAAUAGUCAUAAAGCAUGUUGUCUUUACCAACUUAUGAUGGCAGUUGUGGCAGUUCCAGUUGCCGGAGUUAAGUGAAUCCCAUGCAAUCAUUAAGCACAGUGUUACAUGACCGCCAUUUGCAACCUCCUGCCAGCUUCCCCAUUGACUUUGUUUGUCAA